CAGAUCAAAACAAAACAGAGAAAAUUCUUUUGUUGCGUUGAGAGAUGGGAGCCGAUAAUGGAGAAUCGCCAAAACCUACACAGAUCUCAAUUUCUAAAGAUCAAUUCUUCGCGUGGAAACGCCAAAAGGAUGCUGAGUUAUUAGCUAAACAAGCUGAAGUAGCAAGGAAACGUCAAGAGGACAUAGCUUCAGGUCGUGUUCCAAUGAAUGGUCGUGAGCUUUUCUUGCAUGAGCCUUGGGUUUUCGACGAUACUCACCAUUAGAUUCACUAAUUCUUCAUAGGUGAUCUAAGACAUUACCAAACACAUUUCCUUGGUCAUUUGUGAUCCAACUCUGUUUCUCUUUUGUUCUAGUACUCUCAUGUUCCCACUUUUGUCUGAAGUGUUUAAUCAGAAAAUUAGUCGUCAUUGUGACUUAAUCAUUGGCUCUGUUUAUUGGAAAUUUGGUGGUUGUUACUUGUUAUA